CCGCCCAGUUCCCCUAGUGACUGUGGCCUGUCCCCUUCUCCCAGCUGCUGUAUAAAUAGAGGUGCCGAGCAGCAGAGAGCUCCUGGCAGCCACCAUGCAGGGACUGAGGCUGCUGUGUUGCUGCGUGGCGUCUCUCCUGCUCCUCGGGGCUGCAGAAUUGCAAGUUUCUGCCUCGGGGGGCACUGAAGAUGUUGCCAACUUUGUUGAGAAUCACUUAUCAGCUGGAGACCGGAGCCUAGAGGGGAACGAAGGGGUACUUUGCCCAGACUCUGUACCUCCUGAGAAGACUGUUCUCCUCCAGCCUGCAGACAGCAAUGAGGCAGCAGCCCAGGAAAGGAGCGGAAUGCCACAUGACUGUGGUUCCAAGACAGGUGCUGAUAUAAAUAUCCCUGUUGAUGGCUCGAACAAUGAGAGCCAAGAGGAGGACAAUGACGUGAACGUUGCUAAUGCUUCUUCGUCGGUUUCAGAAUGUCACACUGCCACAGGCAGCAAUGCUGAUGGAGGUGAGAUUGUGGCGAGAGAGCCAGAGCCAGCAGAAGGGACUCCUCUCCCAGGGGAAGACACGGAAGAGCUGCUGGCCAAAGAACAGCCUGGAGGCAGCAGGAGCGAAGCUGCAAAGGAGAGCAAGGAGGAGGGGGAGCUCCAUGUGGCAGGGGUGGAGAUCAGGCUGGAAGAGGCUGGGAGUGAAGAGGACAGGAAAAACUCUCCUCCCGCCACAGCAGGGAGUUUUGAAGAGAGCACCUGCCUGCCUGCAGAGGAGAGGCAGGUUUCCCAGCAUGGUACAAAGGCUCUGGCUAGAGAGGAGGUAGCAGCAGCAGAACACCACUCAGGGCCUGAUGAUGGCAAAGAUGCUGCUGAAAAGGAAAGCGAAGUCAGCGAGGCCUCCCAGAGGAGCACGCCGCCCUCACCGGCCAGCGGGGAAUCGCCCCCUCAGGGAGAUGCACAUAGGGCUGAACCUGCUCUAGCAGAGCUAGGAACUCUUGAGGAAGAGGGGACACAGCCGGAAGAAGGCUCUAAAGAAGACAAGAGCCGUAUUCCACAUGCCAGCCAAGGUGCCGAAUCUCAUGUGCAAGGUAGGAAUCAUGCAAACACGCAAGACAAAGAAGUCUCUAGCUCAGAGACCAGUCAUGUCUCUGGGGACCCUCUCGGGGGCAAUGGACUAGCUGUAAAAGAGAAGGAACCUGAUUCAGGCAACAGAACUGGUGACAGUCCUGAGGGGGAGACCGCCACUGAUGGCCAGCCAGCGGAAAGGGACCGAGAGGAAUCAGGCACUGCCUCGGCUGAGGGAGUGGGAAAAAACCCUAACUUGGAAGCAGAAAAGUCUGAAGAAAGUUCAGAGGAAGAGGAUGAUGACCAGGAAGAGUCUGAGGAAGAGGGUGAUGACUCAGCAGAGGAAGAGGGUGAUGACUCGGCAGAGAAAGAGAAAGAGAGGGCUGGCCUGGCAGAGGAAGAGGAUGGUGAUCCGGCAGAGGAAGAGGGGGCUGGCUUGGCAGAGGAAGAGGGUGGUGAUCCGGCAGAGGAAGAGGGGGCUGGCCUGGCAGAGGAAGAGGGUGGUGAUCCGGCAGAGGAAGAGGGGGCUGGCCUGGCAGAGGAAGAGGGUGGUGAUCCGGCAGAGGAAGAGGGGGCUGGCCUGGCAGAGGAAGAGGGGGGUGAUCCGGCAGAGGAAGAGGGGGCUGGCCUGGCAGAGGAAGAGGGGGGUGAUCCGGCAGAGGCAGAGGAAGAGGGGGCUGGCCUGGCACAGUCAGAGGAAGAGGCUGAAGAAGUCAUUGCCCCAGAUGUCCGAGAGGCUGCUAGUGACAUGGAAGACCAUGGCCAUGUCAAAGAGGAAGAGAUCAGUGAAGUGGAAGCUGAGUCUGAUUCUGCAGGCCAGGAGAAUGCACCCCGCAGAGACAUGGAGCAGGACAAAGAUCAUUCUCACAAUAGUAACCCAGCUGUAGCAGGAAGCCUUUCUGUGGAUGCGCAGUUAGUGGCAGAAACAGACAGCCCACCUGGCAACAACCGUCCUCCUGCUGGUGCUGUGCCUGACCCCAGGCAAAUAGAAGAGACAGAAGAUGUUGGGGAGACUGCCAAGAGGGACCGUUCCCAUAUAGAGAGCACCCUUAAACUGAGUGAGGCUAAACCUGCAGAUGACUACUCAGCAACACUGCAGCGGUUGAGAAAGAUCUACCACUCCUCCAUCAAACCCCUGGAGCAGUCCUACAGAUACAACGAGCUCAGGCAGCAUGAGAUCACAGCUUACCACGGACGUACCCUGGGCUCCUCAGCCACAGACGGGGAGAUUACGUCCAAGCCAAUGGUGCUGUUCUUGGGACCAUGGAGCGUUGGCAAAUCCACCAUGAUAAACUACCUCCUAGGGCUGGACGACACGCCCUACCAGCUGUACACAGGGGCUGAACCCACCACCUCUGAGUUCACGGUCAUCAUGCACGGCCCAAAGCUGAAGACCAUUGAGGGCAUCGUGAUGGCUGCUGACAGCGCACGCUCCUUUUCACCCCUCGAAAAGUUUGGGCAGAACUUCCUGGAGAAGCUGAUCGGGAUAGAGGUGCCUCAUAAGCUUUUAGAGCGGGUCACCUUUGUAGACACACCGGGCAUCAUUGAAAACCGCAAGCAACAGGAACGAGGUUACCCAUUCAAUGACGUGUGCCAGUGGUUCAUCGACAGAGCUGACCUCAUCUUUGUCGUCUUUGACCCUACAAAGCUGGAUGUGGGGCUGGAGCUGGAGAUGCUGUUUCGCCAGCUGAAGGGCCGGGAGUCUCAGAUAAGAAUAAUCUUGAACAAAGCAGACAGUCUCGCCACCCAGGAGCUUAUGAGAGUCUAUGGCGCCUUGUUCUGGAGCUUGGCUCCUCUGAUCAAUGUCACUGAACCUCCCAGGGUCUAUGUCAGUUCCUUCUGGCCUCCAGAAUAUCACCCUGAAACCCACAAGGAUCUAUUCCUUAAAGAAGAGAUCUCGCUCCUGGAAGACCUUAACCAGGUGAUUGAAAACAGGCUGGAGAAUAAGAUUGCCUUCAUCCGCCAACAUGCCAUCCGGGUUCGCAUCCACGCUCUCCUGGUCGACCGCUAUCUGCAAACCUACAAGGACAAAAUGACCUUCUUCAGUGACGGGGAGCUGGUAUUCAAGGACAUUGUGGAAGACCCUGACAAGUUCUACAUCUUCAAGUCCAUCCUGGCAAAGACCAAUGUCAGCAAGUUUGAUCUCCCCAACCGCGAGGCUUAUAAGGACUUCUUCGGCAUCAAUCCCAUCAGCAGCUUCAAGCUGCUAGCUCAGCAGUGCUCCUACAUGGGAGGAUGUUACCUGGAGAAGAUCGAAAGGGCCAUUACUCAUGAGCUUCCUGAUCUCUUGGGGAGUAUUGGCUUGGGGAAGAAGCCCAGUGUUCUCUCCUGUGACACAACUGGCUGUGGUGAAACCCCAAGGAACCGCUAUAGGAAACCAUAACAUGCUAUGUACUAACAUAACCAUUCAUGUGUUCCUAUUGGUGAAUGAGCUUAUGUCUUAUCUGUCCAAGAAGCCAUGGUUUAUUAACCCUUUGAGUGCCACACUGGCAAGAGCUACUGUCCAACAAGGACUUUGAGUCAUUGACAUUAAUGGCAGGGGAAGUGGGGUGGGCAUAGAAAAGAGAAUAAAGAACUGUGAAUUCCUGACA